UAUUCAAUAUUGCAGAAUAUUGUACCAAGAUUACAAAUAUUUAGAAAUUGUUCGUAGAUCUUAUAGUCAUUAGGUCUACGGACAUUGUGAUUGAGGUUACAUAUGAUUUGAAGUUUUUCAAAUAAAUACAUAAAUUAAAUAAUUUAGAAUCUGCAAGAAAAUGUUAUUUGGAGAAAUUGUCGAACCCUCAACUAGGGCAUUAAUAGAUGAGGAUGAUUAUCCGGAAUAUGUACCCCCUACGAUUAAAUGGACUGGAGACGAAAAAACAUUUUCAGAUGCAGAAAUUCUGAUAUUUAUAGAAACUAAAAGAAUACAAGACAUAUUCAAAAAAUUCAUAUUACAAGAUUUGAAACCUAUAUGUUCACUUAACAACAAUGUCUUAAUUUAUAAAAAAGGCAAAAAUUUUAUUAUUUCAUACACCGAAUCAUAUGAUAACAAAGAUGAGUUGACAACAGGAGAGAUAGUGGUAGUGUUAGAAAAUCACCUUAUGAGAGCAAAGGAAAUUUACACAAUAACUUCAUCCUCAUUGUAUUCUUAUCAGGGUGACUUAAAUAGAGACGAAGUGGAGUGCCUGUUCAAGUCCAUAUGCACGAAAAAUUCCAAAAAUUUUGAUUGUGACAGAUUAAGUUCUCCUAAUUUCAUUACAGGUUUAGGGGCUGACAUUUCGUCUUACUGUGUUUAUAAAAGAAUGCAAUGUUCAUCCUUCAUUCUUUAUCAUAAAAAUACAGAUAUAGACACUAUGAGCUCAAGUCCUGUUUUAGAAUUGACAAAAAAAUUAACACUAUCACCAAGUCAUCAUCGUUCAAAAAUGACGGUACCGUUAAGUAAUCUUUACAUGUGAAAUAAACUUUUGUAAAAUCAA